AUGAGUAAAGUGGAGGAAAAAAAAAGGCAAUCUUCAGCGGGAGCAGAGUAUUUUGCGGAAUCUAAUUUACCGUCUACGGUUGCAUCCACUACCCCGCAAACUCGUCGUUUUUCUUCUUCUUCUACCCGUAGUUUCGAUAAUAAUGAUUACUUUUCGACUUCACCUGUAAAUCAGCGUGUGUCUUCAUCAAUGUCCUUGUAUGGUCGUGGCUACAAUCGUGGGCUUUUGCGUAGAAUCUCAAUGAAUUCCUCGAUAUCUAACUUUAGUACAAUGUCAGAAACUUCGCUACCUUGGACCACCAAGCUUCUAUUGUAUCUAAAUCGACAAUUCAUUAAUAUCUCUAUUCUCUUUCUUAAUAAAAUAUGUAUUAAAAAGGACAUCGGGUUUAAUGCAAUAUCAGGGGUGCUCAACAAUCCAAAUUCGAAAUCCUCAAGCACAAUCAAACCUUCAAAGAAUGACAUUCCUUCAGUACCUCAUACUGUCAUAAGAAAGAUUAAACCCACUGAUUUCAACAGUUAUAUUAAACAGAUUACACCGAUAUUUGAAAGAUAUAGUCAUAACAAAGAAAUUGGGACUAUCGGUUCACAGCCAAUUAGGAGCCCCACAUCUUUAAAAACAGAGUCACCCACAAAUACACUGGCAACUAAUCUUGAGAAUUUACAAUCUACACAUGACGAAACUGUUGAUGUACCCGUUCAUAGGCUAGAGAGCACACGAAAUCCAUACUCUGUUAUUAUUCCUUCUCCAGCUUCACUGGGAGAUGACCGCACACGAGAGCCAGUUAUUGAGCUUCCAUUACUUGAAACUGUACCUUCUGUAUUUUUUGAUCCGGACUUCAAUUUAGAAAAUCCGCGAAUUUUUGAUAUAGUUUGUGAAAAUACUGAUAUUAUUGGAGGAAAUCCCAAUAACCUAGGAAUUUCCACAAAUGCAAUUCUUCAAGAAAAACUUUCACAUUACUUAGACACGGUUGAGGUACAUCUUAUUAAGGAAAUAUCUUUACGAUCAUCUUCAUUUUUUGCAGCUUUAUCAAACCUUCAAGCCCUUCAUUCGGAAACAUUAGAAUGUGUAUCACAGAUUAAUGGCUUACGUCAAAAAUUAACUCACAUAGAUGAUUCACAGGCAAAACAAGGGUUAGAGGUUGUAAGAUUAAAACGUCGUCGUGCUAAUAUGACCAAACUUUAUGAAGGUAUAAAAAUGGUUGCGGAAAUUAGGUCAACACAACCGAUGAUACAAGUACUACUAGGACAGGGGGAUUAUUUCUCUGCUUUGGAUUUGAUUGAUGAAGCAAAUAAUAUUUUAUAUGGUGGAGAAGGUCAGCAAUCUCAGUUAGAGAUAAUGAAUAGCGAUCAGGGCUUGAAAACACCAAAUUCGUCUACGUCAACAAUGAAUUCCAGAUCGACAGUCAUUCGCCGGUUAAGUAAUGUGGCGGAAAAGUCUAGCUCUCUUCAUUUAAGGGGAGUUCGAGUUCUAAUGAAUUUUAGCGUCCAACUGGCAGACAUGUAUAAGAUGAUUGGAACGAUGAUGGAAAAUGAUUUGUUGAACAUGUUAUUUCUCGAUUUUGAAGAAUGCAUUGAAAAAGCGAAUACCACAGAUUCUAUCACAAAACUAUAUAAAGUACACCAUGCGACGAGACAAAACGCUCAGCCAUUUGACGAUGCGGUAAAUACUUGUGGAACGGAGAAGGGAGAAAAGCUAAAAAAAAGAGUCAUGCCUCUUAUUUUAGGGCUCUAUAGGAUGAAUCGUUUCUCAUCUGCCUUACAAGCAUAUCGUGAGAGAGUGAUGGAAGAAAUCAAAAAAAUUACCCAAACUCAGAAGUAUCUUCCGUCUCCAAUCACGCUCUCCGAAUCUCUAGAUGAUCAAGCGAAUGAUAUGCAGAACGAGCAGAGUUCAAACAUAGUAAAAUUAUUGAAAGGAAUGACAUUCGACGCAUUUCUGAAUAUGUUGUUGUCCAUGUAUUCAGUUUUACUUGAAGGAAUAAGCUGCAUCGCCAAGCACAGUGAACUUUUCUCCAGCAUCCUAAGCGAAGCACAAAGCUCUGGUUUCGAACUUCGUUCAAAUCCUGAAAUACUCAAUAACGAUAAUGAAAGAGACUUAUCACGAGAUGGAACUCAAACCGAUGAAGAUAGGUCAACGGAUGCUGAGAUAUUACCUGCUAAACCUCUCAAUGAAUCUACCCCAUCAGGCGGUUCAAGAUUUAGCAAGGCUCUGAAAAUAACGACCGGCAUAAAAUCUAUAAUCCAAAAAACAUCUUCGUUGACCUUAAAAGUUCCUCCUUCUGAACCGUUACCUAAAGAACAGGACGUAACUCCCCAAACCACGCAAACAAGGGUUGUUAAAUCCGACGCAAACGUAUCAGAUAUAAACACAGGUUUUCUUCAGUUGUUGUCCGAUUCCUCACAAAUAGUCUUUGCUGCAGCAGAUCUUGCACACGUGCGAUGUGCAAACUUGAUUGCGUUUCGUGCGGAUCAAAAUGCUCAGCUAAACCCAAAGGAUUUUUAUCGACUGUAUAAUGUGACAUGGGCCUUUGUCCUGGAAUGUGAUGGCUUGUGUGGGCGUAUGUGUUACGGUCUACGGGGAACGAUAUCAUCUCAGGCUAAGGCAUUCUUGAAUCAUUUUCACAUGGAAAAGACGAAACAGGGUGUGACUUUGGUUGAGAAUGAACAGUGGAUUCAAGCAGAAGUACCUAUUGACUUUCAACGAAUUGUGGAUAGAAUUAUCACCGCUGCAACUAAGGGAUUGGUCGAUUUCAAAGAUGAUCCAACGGAUCCUUUGUCAUCUCCAAUAUCCCCGGUGUUUCCACCUCCACGCACGUCUCUCCAGAUUGAGGGUAGUACCAAUACUUUUAACGACACAGGAAAGAAGGAGCUGUCAACUGGAAAAUUAAAUAAUACUAGCAGCCGAUUUAUACUUGUAGAAGAUCGCCGAUUUUUUGUGGUCGGUUGUAGUCUAAUGCUUUUGAAAAUGCUCGGUGAUUAUCUUCGGUGCAUGGCCAACAUUCCCACUUUGACUACUGAGACGAUGAAUAAAAUAAUUGAAAUUUUGAAUUUGUUUAAUUCGCGAACAUGUCAAGUCAUUUUGGGUGCCGGUGCUAUGCGUUCGGCAGGUCUGAAAAACAUAACGGCCAAACAUUUAGCCCUUACGUCACAAUCUCUGGGUGCAAUAAUUUCGUUAAUACCAUUCAUACGCGAAUGUAUUCGGCAUAAUCUUGAUGCUAAAAAAUUCAUAAUGUUAACCGAAUUUGAUCGCAUCAAAAAAGAUUAUGUUAAUCAUCAAGAUGAGGUACACAUGAAAUUGGUAUCAAUUAUGAGCGAACGCGUGGUCGUUCACCUUCGAUCAUUCCAGUCCAUCAAUUGGGAUGAUACGAUUGUGAAAGAUGGUCCCAAUUCUUAUAUGGAAUUACUAGUUAAAGAAACCAAUACACUUCAUAAGGUUUUGAAUAAAUAUCUUCCGCCUGAAAUCUUGCAGAAUGUAAUGUCCAAAGUCUUCAAAUCUUCUAUUACUAAAUUGUCGGAGGAAAUUUCAAAAUUAUCGAUAUAUACUCCUAUAGGGAAAAAGCGAGUUACUACGGACGUGCAAUAUUAUAUCACGAAAUUAUCCACCUUAGAAGGAGUCCAAAGUUCGACCAACGAAUUAGAAGAUACCGUUAACAGCUUACAAAUUAAAGAAAAUUCUUCCAAAACAGAUGGAAAUACCACCACUACAACAUUUGAUACAAAAUGA